AUGUCAAAUUCACCUAUAUCGCCAAUCCAAAAUCCUUGGAAUUCUCAAGGUCAAUUAUCUAUGCCUGAAUAUCGUCAAGGUUCACCAAAUAAUUAUCAAAGUUCAUCAUCAUCAGGUUUUCCUCGUCAGCCAUCUCCUGGUGCCGUCUCAGUUGGCCCGGAUGGAGCUUCAAUACCAUCUUCCUUAUCUGGAGUAAAUCGAAGCGCCUGGGGCCAAAGAUCUCCUACACCGGAACGUGGAUCUUUAAAAUAUCAGCCAAACACAAAUAUACGUCUCUUGAUUGACGAUAAAAUCGAGAGGCGAAUGACAAUGACUUCUAAUACUCUUGUAAAGGAUGAAAAUGCGUUACAAAAGUACAGGGAAGCUGCCAAAAAGACAAAUGAUCCAAAUGUUCAACUUGAUUAUGCUAAAUUUCUCAUUAAUAUGAUCGAAUGUCAUGAUGCAUCUGUCGGGAAUAAAAACAAUGAACAAAUUAAUAAUAGUAAUCAGGAAAAUUAUAAUAAAUUAGUUGGGGAAAUAUGUUAUUGGAUUAAUUCUUUGGCAAGAAAAGAUAAUCCUGAAGCUAUGUAUAUAAAAGGUAAUUGGUAUGAAUACGGUAAAUUUGGUAAAGAGAUUAGUCAGGAUAAAGCUUUUAGAUUAUAUUUAUCUGCUUCGAAACAAGAUUUUCCAAAAGCAAUUUAUAAAGUUGCUCAACAUUAUGAAAAAAAUAAAGAUGUAAAGCGAGGAUUACAAUUCUAUAAGAAAUCUGCUUCAAAUGGAGAUGUUUCUGCUUUAUACCGGCUUGCUUUGAUUUACUUACUCGGUGACUUAAAAACAGAAACCGAUUAUAACCAAGCCUUAAUAUAUUUAAAAUCAGCAGCAACAAAAGCAAAUGAGGAAUGUCCAAAUGGUGCUUAUGUAUACGGAAUGAUAUUAGCUAGAGAAUGGGAUAAGGCUGAAAUACCGGAUCAAGUUGUUGCACCGGAUGAUCAUGAAGCGAAGGAAUAUAUUCAAAGAGCUGCCAAUUUGGGAUAUGUUCCCGCAUUGUACAAGAUGGGACAUUGCUAUGAAUAUGCUACUUUAGGUUGUCAAUUUGAUCCAAUACUUUCUGUUUCAUAUUAUAAGCGAGCUGCAGAAAAGGGGGAUGUUGAAGCAGAUAUGGCUUUAAGCAAAUGGUAUUUAUGUGGUGCGGAAGGUUACUUUGAUCAAAAUGAAGCGUUGGCGUAUGAACAUGCCGAGAAAGCUGCGAACAAAGGUUUGGCUGCAGCAGAAUUUGCAAUGGGCUACUUCCAUGAUGUUGGUAUUCAUGUACCUGUUAAUCCAAAUCAAGCCAUUGCCUGGUAUGAAAAGGCAGCUGAACACGGAAAUGAGGACGCAAAACAAAGAUUGGCUCGUGGUGGUAGAAUUACACGGCUAGAUCACUUAAAUAAUCAAAAUAAAUUAAAAAAUGAACGUAAUGAAAAAAGCAAUAAGGAUUGUGUCAUACAAUAA